GCCACACGUCUCCUAACUAGCAGGGCUGGCAGCUUGCAGACAGAAGCUGCAUUUUGAUCAUCUAUGGGAUCUGCAGAAUGUCCAUUUAAAGGCAGUGAUGAUUCUGCACAUCUGAAGCAUUCAUCUCAGCGCUAGAUACCAGAGUUCUCAGGGAUUCUUUGGUUUACAAUACAAUUGUGCAAAGACCAAUAUGGAGGUGCCACUUCCACCAGCAAACCCCUCUCCAUAUCAGGACCUGGCAGCGGAGCUCCACUCCAUCAUCAGUUCCAGGGCUGAACUCCCCAGUGACUCCCAGCCCACGACCAGCCCACUUGACAUUCAGGUUCAAAUCGAUGCCAAUAAGGAGCCACAGGGGAGAGAAGGUGCUGUUGAGCCUGUCGCUAGCCCGCCCACUGAUGCCGCCUGCAGAUUUAAGAUCCUGAUGUUAAUCCUGAUAUGUCUGAUUGUCAUCUCCCUCAGCGUCUGCCUCUUUGUGAAGCUCAUCUACUUGCCAAAGCAGCACAAGUUUCCCUGCUGGAAUUCAAGCCUUUCAUGCAAGGAGGAAAAAAACUGCAGCUUGUCGUCCACCGCUGCUGCCUGCGUGGUCAAGAAGGAGAUCAACAGCACCACACUGACCUCAAAUGAAUAUUGGAAUCCCGUGAUGCUGUGGGGGAGCGACUCACUCCUGAGGCUGUACAGACAAUCUGAUCAGCAGUACUACAGCGUGUGCCACCAAGGCUUCAGUGCGAGCAUGGCACUGCUCUUCUGCCAGGAGCUCGGCAUGACCAGCAGCAUCCCGGUGGAGGAGACGGUGAACUUCAGAAUACUGCAGGAGAAGAAUGUGGGCAAAGUUGCCAUCAUCAAUGCCAGCACCUCAGUCCAAAGCACCGAAUGGCUCCUCAGGCCAAUCUCGGAGUGCCCCAAGAAUGAAGUCAUUUCUCUCCACUGCUCAGACUGCGGUCGUCAAUCAGCACCCAUCAACCGUAUUCUGGGAGGCAGCCCCUCUAUUUUAGGACGAUGGCCCUGGCAGGCAAGUUUGCAGUGGGAUGGCCGGCAUAUAUGCGGUGGAUCGGUGGUGUCCAAGCGGUGGGUGGUGACGGCUGCCCACUGCUUUGUUAUAUAUGAUAUGCUGAAACCAGGGGACUGGGCAAUAAUUGUGGGCUCUCUGAACUGGGGAGGCUCUCCCACUGGGGGGCGAUAUAACGUCCAGAAAAUCUUCUACCAUCAGCAGUUCUCCAGGAUCAACAUCGACUACGACAUUGCCAUGCUGAGGACUACCACUGCCAUCAGCUUUACUGAUACGGUGCGGCCAGUGUGUCUCCCAAGCUAUGCACAGACGUUCUCACCCAAUUCGAACUGCUGGAUAUCCGGAUGGGGUUAUACGUCAGAGGGAGGACCUCAAGUCUCCCGUGUGCUCCGAGAUGGCCAGGUACAGCUUAUCGACAGCAGCGUAUGCAAUGACAUUGAGAUCUACCCCAACGAGAUAACGCCUCGCAUGCUGUGUGCCGGUUACUUGGAUGGCAGGGUGGACUCGUGCCAAGGUGACAGUGGGGGACCUUUGGUCUGUCAAUCAAAAGGCACCUGGUGGCUUGUGGGGAUCGUAAGCUGGGGUGAUGGCUGUGGCCGUCAAAACCGACCUGGGGUCUACACCAAUGUCAGUGACCUGCUGGACUGGGUUUACCACAAGUUACAGGUGAGUUUGAAUAUCAGAUGUCUAAAGCAGGUCUGCUUUUAUUAAAAAUAAAAAGUGACAACCAAAUGGAGAGCAAGUUCUGGACACUCAUUCA